AUGGGUCUCGAGGGAUAUAACUUAAUAGGGUCUUUUAUUAAGCUACCAAGCGACUUGCCGAAUUCGCUUCAAGACCCAAAGUUAUUAGAUGCCAAGGAUAUUCCAGCAUCUGUACUCAAAUCUAUCUUGGAUAAAAAUGUUAGUGCAAAACAUCUUUUAUUCAGUGCACACGAUCGCUGGGCUAUAAUUGAAAGAUAUUAUGGGGAUAAGUGGGUUUUCUGGGAACUUGACGGUUCUGCGGAACAAAGCCAAGCCAAACUAUUAUCCUCAAAACUCAAUUCAAGUCGAUGCUGUUACCACCCGAAUUCUUUAAAUGAAUGGCUAAGUAUAGGUAUUCGAGAUUUAGCAAAGUGCUGGAAGGAAACUCCUUGUAAUGAGACAAGUUUAGAUAUAGACCGUGAUAAACCAAGUGCAUUAGAGUUGGAUAUGAAGCCACCAGGGAUGGAAAUGACGGUAGAAAACACCAAAGAAGGUGAUAUACACCCAGACCCAGUGCAAUAUCUAAGCAAGAAGUACUAUGAAUCGUUAUUUCAGCUACGUACUCCAUUGGCAAUAUUUGUAAAGUCAAAGUUGGUCAGACUCAAAAUUUUGUGCAAUGGUAAUGGAGAACUUUCCUACAGAGAGGUGCUUGAAACAGCGCUUCUAAGCCACCAAGAUUUAGUUAAUCGUCAUGAUAUCUCACAUUCAGGACUAUUGAAUUAUAUUUUACCCAAAGACGCAAAUGAACUACUAACCAAACAUAUCAUGAAGGAGUUUAAUAUUCUUUUGGAUUCGACAAAUCCAGAAAGAAUAUCUCAAACAGCAGAUCUCAUAUUUAUUCUAAAGGCCCGUGAAGUAAAAUUGCAAAUAAUUCUAUUAAUUGAAUUGAUUACAAUCUCUAAAAUGGAUGUCAACUUUAAGGCCUUCGAAGAUGAUUAUAAGAAGAUUCUUAAGCAACGAUCAUUGCGUGUUUCUAAAGCGAACUUUAGUAUUCGAAGAAAGAGAAGGGCCCCAAUCAAGCAAAUAACCGCAUCGACUCAGCUAAGCCUCCUUGAAAGGUUGGAUUUUUUGCUUGACAAGCUUUCAAUUAUUGACAUACUUUUGAACUCGGAACCUAGUAUUCCUGAAUCCAACAAACAAAAGAAAGAGUUAAGUUCUGCUAACCUCAUUGCUGAAUUAAAACGGCAUAUGUUAAUUAAUGAGAAUGAGGCUUCUUCAAUUGGAUUUUUAACCUACGUUUUGAUACCUUAUUGGUCCAAGAAAAGUCCCCAUACGGUUUCCUUUAUUGCCAAUAAGAUCGAGGGUUCUUAUGUUCGUAAAGAUCCUUCUUUCAAACAGCCAAAACUCAACAGAAGCGAAGAUCAACCUGUGACUUCGAGACACAGCUCCUUUUCGUCAACCGUCACGUCUACAGUUUCACAACCUGUUAGGACUUCUCUACCACCAAAUAUGCAUAAUGUUUCCUUACCAGCACUCCUAAAAUCGGAAACACAAUCGAGCUUUACGGACUUCUUUUCUUCGACAACUUCCGGUAAUAAGCGACCUGCCAUGCUUCUGAAAUCUAACACAGAUCUUGCAUUAAACAGACUAGAAAAGAGACAAAUGUCUGCAUCAGAUAUGUCCACAUUGAAGAUUUUGCCGAAACAAAACCAAAUUAACGGCACAGAGCACACUACGUUAUCCAAAGGGAUCCCGUUAUCUAUUCAUUCAUCAGCAGUGCAAUCUUUUAAAAGGGUAGGUAAACGGAAGCUGGACUCCUCAAGUCACGAAGACUCAAAAACUCAAGGCAUAGUACAAGUUACUGCUACACCAGCAAAGCAUCUUACAUUAACAAAAUCGAUUCGCCCCUUAGAAAUUGUUGAAUCACCAUUAAUAGAAAGACCAAGAGAUUUCGUAAACGCUGCAAUUGAAGUUGCAGCAACGCCAUUAAAGUGUGCAAGACGAGAGGGAGGGCUCACUAUGAAAAACAAUAUAACGCCAAUUACUGAACCAAUCACCAAAAGCAUCAAAAGAAGGGACGAUUACAACAGAAAAUCUGCUAUUCAUGACGUAAAAACAAGAAAGGUACGUAGAAAGCUAUUUCUGCCACAUAAUGAUGGUAGUGCAUAA